GACGGCCGCGGCGGGCCCUCACCGUGACCGUGACCGCCACCGCCCUCCCCACGACGCCAGGGCCCGAGGGCACCAUGACCCUGCUCAAGCUGUCCCUCAUGGCCUUCAGCUUCGUCUUCUGGGCAGCGGGGCUGACCAUGCUCAUCAUCGGCCUCUGGGCCAAGGUGUCUCUGGGCAGUUACUUGGCGCUGUCGGCCAGCGACUACCCCAGCGCCCCCGCCAUCCUCCUGGCCACCGGCGUCGCUGUCAUCAUCUGGGGCUUCCUGGGAUGCUUCGGCGCCGCUACGGAGCACCGGGGACUCCUGCGCGCCUACAGCGCGUUCCUGGCCGCCGUGCUGGCGGCCGGGCUGGCGGCCGGGCUCUCGGCGCUCCUGUACCGCCGGACGCUGGCGCAGGGCUUCCAGGCGGGGCUGCGCCGGGCGCUGCUGGCCUACGGGCAGGACGACGGCGUGGCGGACGCCCUGGACGCGCUGCAGCGCGCCUUGUCCUGCUGCGGUGUGGAGAGCUACCGCGACUGGCUGGCCUCUCCCUGGGGGCUGGAGCAGAACGGCUCGGUGCCCCUCAGCUGCUGCCGGGCCCGCCGCGGCUGCCAGAGCAGCCCGCCCGACGCGCGCAGCCUGCACCGCCACGGCUGCUUCGGCUCCGUGGCCGCCUUCGUCGGCAGCAACAUGUUUUAUGUUGCCAACGCUGCCCUGGGGCUGGCGCUGCUGCAGCUCGUCGGUAUCGUGCUGGCCUGCCUGCUGGCUGCCCGCGUCCCUGCCCACCUGCUGGGCAUCACCACCCCUCGCUGAGAUCCCCCGCUUCUGCCCCUUGUCCCCUCCAGUUCCCUUCUUUCCCACAUAACUGAGUAUAUCCCACUGGGAAUAUCCUUCCUUCAGAUUCACCAUUUCCACUUGAGCGUCCUUCUCCAGGCUCCAUUCGUCUGGAGGCUGUGUUAGGUGUGCUGUGAGCACCUCAAGCCCUUCAGAGGGGAAGGUGCUGGGAAGGUGCCUGCUGGCCUGGACACGCGUCCUGCAGGGCAGCAGGUCCCCACUGGAGCCUCCGGACCACUUCGGCAGGGAGUGGUGGCUGCAUGGUCACUCUCUGAGGCAGCAGGGACAUCUGAGGCAAGGCUGACUGAUUUUCUGGGUGGUGUACACACCAAGGCACCUAAACGUAGACCAGGAAAGAGUAGAAGAUGUAGGAGAGCAAGAGAGGUGUCUCUUGACAUUACACCAUGUAAGUUUUCUUCUGAGACUGGAAAGUGAUGUUACUGAUAAACUGCUGGAGUGCACGAGGGGCAGACCUGGUCCAGGGGCACACAGACAGCCAUGCCAGCAGCUGGCCCUGGGAGCUGCUUGAGGGACUGCCCAGCAUCGUGCAUCCCGUUGCCACAGAUAUCCUACCUUCGGGUGCGUUUUCUGCUGUUGGUAUUUCCAAUGCCGAUUUCUAUCUAAAGGUGGAGCUGCAGCUCUAAGUGUUACUCCCUCCUUCAGGAUAUGCCUGUCCUCUUAGCCAGUGUGUGGCUGGUUAUAUAUAUCUUUGCAGGGCUGAAAAGACCUAAAACCUUGUCGUACAAGAAGAUGGCAAAAGCUGUACGAUCAGAUCUGCUGAGGGGUGGCAAGUGGAGAGAAGGUUCGUUGCCCUUCAGAAGUUUGCUUUGAACUUUUACUAUUAAUAUCAGGAUAAAUGGAACAGGCUGACUGUUUUAUAGAAGUGUUUCUAAAAAUCAGCCCUCAGACUCUUAACAUUUUUCCUCUCUCAAAGGAUCUGUCUCUGAAGUGUGCCCCCACCUACAUUUUUGAAGCCAGACCUGUGUACAACCUGAGAGUAAAUGGAGAAUCCCCAAGACUUGUUGUGUAUCUCUGGGUGUAUUCAGGUCAGACAGCAAUAUAAAUCUACAAGAAUUUGGGGUUUUUUUUGUGACAGAGCUGGGUUUGCAUUUGGAGUUUGAGGAAAAGCAAGCCAUGGACUUCAGAGAGUCCUGAACUUUCAGAACUUAACUCCGGCUUGUUUCCACUUCCUUAAAACCUGUGAACUCUACUUUUAUGUGUUCUCUACCUCGCAGCACAAAGACAUGCCCACCUUAACCAGCAAACAGGGGAGGAAUGAUUUCAGAAAAGAAUCAAAGAACCACAAAGGAACUCCAGAACAUGGCAUCUCUUAGGAACGUGACUUGCAAAGCUGUGGAGAAUGGUCAAAUGAGUAAAGAAGAUGACUGGUAGCUUCAUGGGAGGAGUGGAGCAACUUUGGGGGAAAGGCUUUCUUUCAUGUAUUAGGUGGCUGUUUAGCUAUGAUAAUUGUGUUCCAGGUUAACAGUGUAGUGUGAACAGUCUUUGCAGUCAUUUGGGUAUUCACCUGCAUAGGUGGACUCUGGAAAUGUGUUAGGAAUCUCUGUAGGCAAAACAGUGCUUUAUUUUUGAGGGCUGAUGUUUAUUAUUUUACAAAAAUAUAUUUUUUAUUUUUGCUUGUAAAUGUCUCUGCAUUUUUUUUUUUAGUUAUGUGAUAGUGGAACUCCUUUUAUUUCCUGGAAGUCAAGAUGAUGUUGUACAAUUUUAACAAUGGGCAAAAAGUAUAGUUUGUAUGGUAAAUGGUACUUGAGAAAUAAAGUUUGGCAGCUGCUAAGAGCAAAACAGGUCACUGUGUCAGCUUGGAGUAUUUGCAUUGCUGUAUGUCUACACUUGCAACUAAAUGCAAGUGAAAUGAAGUUUACAUUGAAAUGUAGAGACAGAAGCAUGUUGCGAGUUUUAAAAAUUAUUAUUCAAAAGAUCCAUUAUAGAUGAAAUAAAACAGGCAUUAUAGAGACUGUGGGAAAGGGGCAUGGAAUUGCACUGGCUUUAUAAAAAGAUCUUCUAUAUUUGAGUUAAUAAGCUCUGAAAAUUUACAAGAAUAUGACAUUGCUCUAUUUUUACUUUACUGAUGACUAAAAUUAUUUCUGAUUUUGACCCUUGUUGCUUUAUGUGACACAUAGUAGUCAGUAAAAAUGAAGUACUCUGUUAAAACACAUUCAAACAUAGUGUAAAUAUGCACUUCAGUGAAUUUGUUUUGGUUUUAAGUUGCUAAGAGUAUCAAAAUAGGAGUAAGAGCAAGUUUGAAACGUACCAGUGUAUGUUUGUAUGGUGAUUGGGUCUGAAUCUGGGACAUCAGCUGAAUGUAAUAAAUAAUUAAAAAAUGUAAACCAUCA